GUGCUUGUGAAGUUUGGAGGAUCCCUCUUGUGUGGUUCAGAAUCUGACGUGUCCGUGCGCGAAAAACUUUACGCGAGACUUCAUUGAAUCAAAUCAAUUGUUUUUGCUUUUACUUCGAGGAAAGCCAUGGGCUUAAGCGGCCAUCAAGCCGGAAUGGAUUGAGUUUAGGCAACCAUGCAUAGUCUGAUACCGUUCUUGAAAGCUGCGUCACUUUUGGUGAAUGUGCUGUUAACAUUCUUUCUAGUUUGCGUCGUAGGAUUCGAACCAGACUUCUCGUAUCCCCUAGAAAAUGUUACAAUAGCCCAAGGACGAGAUGCUACUUUCACCUGUGUGGUAAACAAUCUGGGGGGACACACGGUGAGUGGGGACACCGCAACGGCAAGGGUAGCCUGGAUUAAAGCGGACACUAAAGCUAUAUUAGCCAUCCAUGAGCACGUUAUCACCAACAACGCCCGAUUAUCUGUAACUCACAACGAUUUCAACACAUGGACGCUGAAUAUACGAGGCGUUAAAAGAGAGGACCGUGGUCAAUAUAUGUGCCAAGUUAACACGGACCCAAUGAAAAUGCAGACCGCCUUUCUGGAAGUGGUAAUUCCACCCGACAUAAUUUACGAGGAGACUUCUGGCGAUAUGAUGGUGCCCGAAGGUGGAUCCGCUAAGCUGGUGUGCAAGGCACGCGGCUAUCCGAAACCCCGAAUUGUCUGGCGGAGGGAGGACGGGGCACCGAUAGUUUCCCGCAGCACCCCUAGCGGAAAAGUGGAAAAAAUGGUUUCCGUUGAAGGGGAAAUGUUGACGCUAUCCAAGGUGACGAGGUCAGAAAUGGGGGCCUAUUUGUGUAUAGCAGCGAACGGCGUCCCGCCAACAGUCAGUAAGAGGAUGAUGCUGCAUGUACAUUUUCACCCCCUGAUCCAGGUCCCCAACCAGUUGGUGGGCGCCCCUAUCAACACGGACGUCACCCUUCAGUGUCAAGUGGAGGCCUCACCCAAGGCCAUUAACUACUGGACAAGAGACACAGGAGAAAUGAUCAUCACCAACGAUAAAUAUCACAUGACCGAAAUAUCCAACGCCUACUACAGCGUCCAGAUGAAACUGGUGAUCCGAAGAUUCCACAAGUCCGAUCUGGGAGGAUACAAAUGCAUCUCGAAGAAUUCAAUCGGAGAUGCUGAAGGAAACAUUCGUCUCUAUGAAAUGGAACUACAGGAGAAGCUGGAUUUCAGCGAUGAUAGCCCUGAGGAGGAGCUCGAUGAAAACAGCGACAAUCGUUCCUAUAACGGCUUCCAAGGCCCACUGACAGAGUCUGAGGAUAUAAGCUUGGAGCCCAGCGUGAAUUCCGGAUGUCUAACAAUAAAGCCUGUAUACUUCCUAUUGUUAGUGUUCUUUGUGAUGAUAUGACUCCUAACAGUGUACAAAAGUGCGUGAACGAAGUGACAUGUGAAAUGUGCCAAAUUCUCUUACUCAUGCUUAGCUAUCAAACGCUCAGUGUCGCCACACGAAGGUAUUUAGGUUCAAAAAUAUUAUAACCGAAAUUGGGGGUCGCUAGGUGCCAGUCUUUAUUCACAAAUUCCAAUGAGUAUUUUCUUCAUCGAUUGUUACUGUUCAAAUGAAUUCUAUUGGGGUGGAUGGAAAUUUUUGACGGGGACUGUUUUGAGCUUACUGAAAACUUCAGUGGUAACUCAUGGAUUUGGUGAUUGUUGAACGAACAAUUGUAAAUGCUUGUGUACAGUUAAGAGGUAUAAUAGAUAUAAGGAUAUGGUGUAAAAUUAUCGAAAUUGGAUGUCGCUAUCCAUAUGUUCAUUUAAUCAUGGUACUUUGAUGGUCAAGCCAUCUGAAAUUUUGUUAUUUUUUUGUUGCAGGUCGGUGAGUGGAAAAUUGUGGAUGUUUCUUAUUGAUUUUAUCUACUGAAUUCUGCAAGAUUAUA